GCCGAGGACGAGAGCCCGGCGCGCUUCGUGGCCCGCCAGAACUUCUCGGCCGCCGACCUGCUCCGCCGCGUGGACUUCCGCAUCGCCGGCGACGACCUGAUCGUCUUCCUGCACAUCCAGAAGACCGGCGGCACCACCUUCGGGCGGCACCUGGUGCGCAACAUCCAGCUGGAGCAGCCGUGCGAGUGCAAGGCCGGCCAGAAGAAGUGCACCUGCCUGCGGCCGGGCAAGCGCGAGACGUGGCUCUUCUCCCGCUUCUCCACCGGCUGGAGCUGCGGCUUGCACGCCGACUGGACCGAGCUCACCAACUGCGUGCCGGCCGUGGUGGACAGCAAGAAGGAGGCCAGGCUGCGCCCCACCAGGAAUUUCUACUACAUCACCAUCCUUCGGGACCCAGUCUCACGCUACUUGAGUGAAUGGCGGCAUGUCCAAAGAGGAGCCACCUGGAAAGCGUCCUUGCACGUCUGUGACGGGAGAUCGCCGACGUCGGAAGAGUUGCCCAGCUGUUACUCAGGGGACGACUGGUCCGGCUGCUCUCUCCAAGAAUUCAUGGACUGCCCGUACAACCUGGCCAACAACCGCCAGGUGCGCAUGCUGGCCGACCUCAGCCUGGUGGGAUGUUACAACUUGUCCGUCAUGGCGGAGGACCAACGGAACAAAGUCCUCCUCGACAGCGCCAAGGAGAACCUGAAGCGCAUGGCCUUCUUCGGCCUGACCGAGUUCCAGCGCAAGACUCAGUAUCUCUUCGAGAAGACCUUCAACAUGAACUUCAUCUCGCCAUUCACGCAGUACAACAGCACAAGGGCCUCUAGCGUAGACAUUGACGGGGAGACCCAGAAGCGCAUCGAGGCCCUCAAUUUUUUAGAUAUGGAACUCUACGAUUAUGCAAAAGAUUUGUUCCUGCAGAGGUACCAGUUCAUGAGGCAGAAGGAGCACCAGGAAGCCAGGAGGAAGCGGCAGGAGCAGAGAAAGCUGUGGCGGGCGAAGCAGGUUCACAACAAGGAGCAGGGGAACCCCAACUCCACAACGGACUACAUAGGGCAUGUGGAGCAGUGGCGAUAAUGGGAGCCGGAGGCCUUCAAGCGGAGCGCGGACUUGAAAGCCCGAACGGAACUGUGGAGUCAGGCAGGAUGGGAGAGUCGGGAGAACCGCCCGUCACCGAGGGCGGUUCAGAAACACAAGGGGCUCUUUCAGCCAUCUUUGCCGCCAUUUUUUUUUUUUGCAUUCAAUGUCGUGUCGUCCAUGGGUUAACUUUUUAAUCUCUGUGUGUCUCGGGUCUGUCCCUUCAAAAAAAGGGGGGAAAAAGAGGUUGGCCUGUCAGGCAGAGCAGCAAAACUACCGAGGGGAGGUCUUAGACAUGGUCGCUUGAAUGAAAUUCAUAAUGUGGACACGAGAAGUGAGUAACACCCUGGGGUGCCGUUGGGAGGGUGACCAUUUGCGAGGUGGAGGGGAGGUGUUCAGGAUGGGAAGAUGAUGGUGUGGGUGGAGGAGACCCCUGGGGCCAUCUUCUGUAUGGAAAAUUACAGACUCUUGUUCCACUAGGAACAUGGGGAGAGGCCUUCUAUCUAGUCCUAUGUGGUCAACUCUGACUGGCAGCUAAGACUCUUUGAUGGCAAGCAGGAUUCUUCCCUAGCUGUUCCUGGAGGUCCCAGGUACUCCUUAGCCAUCUCCCACCCAAGGGCCAACCUGGCCUGACCUGCCAUCUUCCCACAUCAGGUGAGAUCCGAUAUUCAGGGUGAUGGGCUAGGAAUCCGUUGUUGCUUAUAUUCCAUCUCAACCUGGGCAGUAAGAUAAAGAAGAGGGAUGGCCAACAGCCAGAACUUUAUAGUCUUAGACAGAAAACUGUGCCGCGCGCCACGGGUAUGGGCACGAACAUUUUCCUCUGUCUUAAUAUUCUCUUGGGUCAACGGCUGGCAUGGUUAGUGUGAGUUUGAUUCGGUUUGAUACCAGACGUAACGAGUAAGGGACAAAACGGGCAGAUUGCCUUUAGGGUCCUCCACUAGAUGUGUCGAACUACACCACCCAUCGUCCCCAUGCACAGGCCUGCUGGUGGGGCUGAUGAAUGGUAAUGUCCAACCCAUUCUCUUCCCCCCCUCCCUGUUUAAAUCAGAGCAGGUCCUCUUCAUCUACUUUGUUUUUAACUAAACCGGAGGGUUCUCCUUUUAAAAUCCAAGCCGCACCUUGUUUUAAAGGCUGAGAUGCUUUAACUGGAAGCAGGGGUGUGAGAAGCAAACACCUUGAUUCCAAAGUUCAAUUUUAAAUAAAAAGGGAAUCCUUCCUCCCCCCUCACUCCCCAGUUACUCUCUCUCCAGAGCCAUGGCAGAUUCGGGGAUGGCGUACAGAUGCUCUGAAGAAUUACUGUACCUGUAAGGCGUCUGUCUCAGUCAAAAGGCUGUGGAUCUUGUUUCCAAUCUCUGUAGAUGUUUGUGGAGCAUUUGCAAAAUAAUGGAAUAUUCCACAUGCAUUCUUGCUUGGUUUUAACAACUCUCUCCUUCCCCAUUCCCGCAACUGGAUUUGAUCACUCUGAACCCAGCAGAGCUCACCAUUUUGUCUCUUGUUAUAUUGGACUUUUCCCCCAUUAAAGAGAGUAUUUGCAGCUGAACGUUUGAGGAAAUGCAGGCAAUUUGCCUGAACUUGUGGCUGGUUUUCUGCCCACUCUGUUUUGGGUUUCUUUGUGUGUUUUUUGGCCUGAUCUGGCAUUUGAGCAGUCCUUUGUUUACCAUCUUCAGAGACCUGCAGAUUUUAGGGACUCGCAGAAAACGGACCUGACAGAAUGCUUCAUCCUUACACUGCGAUCCUUUUCAGCAUCAUACAAUAGUUGCACAAACCUCACGUGCGUGUGUAAGGAACGGGACACCAGCCAUGCGUUGGAAACAGUUGCAUCAGGAUCUUGCUUCAAAUUCAGUUUUUGUACAUUUGGGAUUUAUUUUGGCCAUUUCCAAGCCUAGUCUGGCCUCCGGAGGAUGCUAGGGGGUGAACAUUUGGCCCUUUUGCCUGCCCAAGUUGCUCACCUUUGAAUUAAAGGAAUAAAACGUUGCCUCUGAAAAAAAUCUGGAGAAAAACAGUAGCCAUAUCUUUAACCCCAUUUUAAGAGAAGGUUAGACAAAAGAUGAUAACCGAAGAUCAAGGGGAAAGAAGCUACAUUUAGUACUGAGGGUGAGAGUCAACCAUAGGUGCAUAAAACAUCUGUCCUUCUCUUUAACGAUAGCAUUGAUACAAUAAAACUUUAAUUACCGUCUUCGAUAGCGGGCCGAUUAUUUUAGGAGCUCCCUCGGAAUUGGAGACGCCUCCCCUCGCCAUCCAUUUUUCUGCUCUUAAAUUGCAAACCAUAAAAUCAGAAGAGAGAAGAAUGUAGGAAAAGGGUUUCAGCUUAUCUUGAAUCAGAUCAUUAGUUUAUCACAAGCUAGUACAAUCUGCCAUGGUGGCUCUCCUGAACGAGUCCUUCUCAAACCCAUUUCUUGAGGGAGGUGGAAGUUGUGAUCCAAUGAAUCUAGAAAUGUGUCUGCUGCCUUGCACACUCCUCUGACCUGGCGCGCAGAGAGUACAUCUGGACUCCUUGAGUUGCUUUGUGUGUGGCGAAGGAUUAGCUGUGUCCAACUCACGUUCCUUUACCUCCAAAGUAGUGGAAUUUCAUAAGAGAUGGCCUUGUCUCUUGCCCACGAGGGACCACGAAUCUUGUCGCUGACAAGAAGCAAUGCUUGGCUUCAAAAAUAGGAAAAAAAGCUGCCUGGGGCACAGGCUUCUUCCAGCUAAAAUGCAUCUAAAAUAAGAGUGUGAGAGGCAUCUG